GGCAAUUCACCCUAAUCUGAACGGGCAAAGUGGUGACUCCCUUCCGAGAUGGCGCCGCCGAAAGAUCUUCGCCGUUCGUUCAAACGACGGCCAAUCUCCGAUCAACAGCGACGCCGUGAGCUCUCUCUUCUCCGGCAAGCGCAUAAUCGGAACGAUGCCCAGCAGCGAGCCCGGAACUUGGCCUCCUCCGUCAUCUCUUUCCAACCUGCGUCGCCCGAAUCUGAACCCGAACUCGAGUUGCCAUCCGAACCCGAACCGGAACCCGGAUUCGAAUCCGUUCCCUCGAGCAGCCUUGACGUUCGCCAAGCUUCGAGGCUCAGAGGACCUGAGGUUCGCAAAUGGUUCGCGAGACAGCUGAUGCUACCUGAGUGGAUGAUCGACGUCCCUGAUGGUUUAAGCGAAGACUGGUAUGUGUUUGCUAGGCCAACUGGAAAAAGAUGUUUUGUUGUUUCAUCGAACGGAACAACGGUUAGUAGGUUACGUAAUGGCUCCAUCUUGCAUCAUUUCCCCUCCGCAUUACCAGGCGGCGCAAGGACGAAAGGUGCGUCUGGCCCUGCGCAGUCUUAUUGUAUACUAGACUGCAUUUUUCACGAGUCGGAUCAAACAUACUACGUGAUUGAUAUGAUUUGUUGGCGGGGUUACUCUCUCUAUGAUUGUACAGCAGAGUUCAGGUUCUUUUGGUUGAACUCCAAGCUUUCGGAGACAGGAGCUUGUGGCCCUCCUUCCUUUUACCAUAAGUUUAGGUUUAAUACAGUACCUGUUUAUAACUGUGACCAAAGCGGGCUUUUCUCGGCUUAUACAGGAUCAGUGCCAUAUGUCAAGGAUGGGUUGUUAUUUUAUAACAAGCAUGCACAUUAUCAUACAGGAACUACUCCUUUGGUAUUAGUGUGGAAGGAUGAGAAAUGUAGCCAGUAUGUCAUUGAUACAGACAGCAAAGGAGAAGUUCCAAACCAACAGCAUGUAGUUUUGGAGCUUCAAGAUGACGGGAAACUAGUGACAUCGGAUGAUCCACCUGUAGUAUUUGGUUGCUUGGAUGCAGAUUUCGUAAAGCAGUCGGAGCUAUCUUCGGGAAGCCUUCUUCGUUUUUCCAUUGGCAAUGGAGGGUUGAGCUGUGUGGAUGGCAGACUCGAGAAUGCGGAUUUACAGUAUCUUGGCAAGACCAAUCGAGCCCGAGCUUUCGCUGAUAGUUAUUCCAAGAUCAUGUUUCAGUAUAUUGCUCGGCAUUCUCCACUGAAGAUAGAUGAUCUUGCUGCCUCAGUCAUUUCACACGACACUGAAGAAAACAAGGCUCCUGAAGUCGAGAUGACUGGUUGAAGAUUACGGCAAACAAACAGGGGUCUCGAAGAUCAUGUUCUGUACUAGCCCAGCUGCAGAAUCUCCGUCUUCAUGGCUAAGGCUAACCCUCUGUUCCGCUCAGUGUAUCUGUUUCGAUGGAUGGAGCAUUGGUCCUGUUGGUGAUAUUUACAGUCGCUUGUUGUGUAAAAUGUUGAUAAUUUAGUAUCUUGUUGCGACUAUAUUCCCAUUAGCUAUACGGGAUUCCAUUUAUGCAAUCACGCCUCGAUUCCCUA